AGGAGCCCUCCCCGCUACCUGCUCUCUGCUGGGCCUCAGACAAGCAGCCGGAGAGCACUGCUGGCUGCUGAACGUCCCUCCAGCAGCGAGAGCCUCUGUCCAGUCAUGGCAGUGCCACAGGGCUGGCAGACAGGGCUCUAACUCCUGUCUCCAUGCUGGGUAUAGCCAGUCCUGUGUGGCUGUCUCACAGCUGACUCCAGUCCUCAAACAGCGGGUCUGCUCUGCUCCAAACCACACCUCACACCAUUGCUCCAACGUGCAUCCCUUGGCUGUUGACCUAGGAUCAGAAGAUGGAUGGCCCAGAGCUGAGCUGGCUGGUAAAUCACUCCUUUCCACUGGACUCUGCUCAUUAUCCUGAGCUCAGACUUGACCUACUCGACAGAAAAGUUUCCUGCCUGCAGCUGGCUGCCAUGAGGAAUGUGAACAUCAUCCUGGAGCACUACAACUUCACAGGCAAGCUGACCAACCGGCAGUCUCGGGAUGAGGGCAUGGGUCCCCUCCGCACAACCUUUGUCAUCAUCAGCUGUAUCAUCAUUCUGGAGAACCUGCUUGUGCUGCUGGCCAUCCUGCGGUGUCUGCGAGCCCGCCGCUGGGUCUUCUCCUGCAUUGCCAGCAUCACUGUGAGUGACCUGCUUGCAGGAAUUGCCUACCUUUCUAAUCUCUGCCUCUCGGGCAAGAAGACUUUCCAGCUUUCACCACAGCUCUGGUUCCUGCGGGAAGGCAUCCUCUUCAUUGCACUGGCUGCCUCCACAUUCAGCUUGCUUGUGACUGCCAUUGAGCGAUACAGUGCCAUGGUAAGGCCAAUUGCUGAGAAUGAAGCCAGCAAGACCCUGCGCUUACGCAGCCUGAUCGUUUCCAGCUGGCUGCUGGCCUUCAUCAUCGGACUGCUUCCACUGCUAGGCUGGAACUGUUUGUGUGACUUCAAUGCCUGCUCUGUCCUCCUGCCUCUCUACUCCAAGAACUAUAUCCUUUUCUCUGUAGUCAUGUUCAGCAUCAUCCUCCUGGGGAUCAUCGGCCUCUACAUCUCCAUCUUCCAGCUGGUCCGAGCCAGUUCUAAGCAAAUCAGUUCUCGGCACAGCCGCAAACGGUCUCUGCGCUUGCUCAAGACUGUGCUGAUCAUCCUGGGCGCCUUCAUCAUCUGCUGGAGCCCACUCUUUGUCCUGUUACUCUUUGAUGUCUUCUGUGAGACUCAGACCUGCACACACCUCCACAGCCUAGACUGGACCUUGGUUCUGGCCAUGCUGAACUCUGGCAUUAAUCCUGUCAUUUAUUCCCUGCGGAGUGUGGAGGUGCGUCGUGCCAUGGGAAGCCUGGCGUGCUGCUGCUGUGUCAGACUUGGGCUUUGCAAGCCUGGGAACUGCUUGGUCGUCACAGACAUCAACUCUGGCUCAUCCACAGAGAGCUCCCUCCGCUACCGGGAGAGCUUCCGCAACUCUGUAACACAGAACACCCGGCCCAGAGCUCCUCUCUCCAGCAACUCCAGCAUGAUGAGCAAUCUCCCCAGCCUCUGAAAGGCCCUGGGGAGAGCAAGAAAUGCCAGACAGCCCACUAGGACCCCAUGCUGCUGGUCCUGGCCUGGCAGAACUGAAGCCUAUAUGCAGCUCAAGCUGACCAGGUGCAGCCCCCACCCCAGUUGUUAACUGGCCAGGCUUUUCAGUCAUAGAAUCAUAGAAUGGUUCGGGUUGGAAGGGACCUUAAAGAUCAUCCAGUUCCAACCCCCCUG